CAUAUUACAAUUAUUUUCAACUGACUAAUAAAAGCUCAAAAUCUAUUCUGAUAUGGUCCAUGUUAGAUAUGGUAGAAUCAGAAAACCCACUUAACCUACUCCACAGUGGUCCAUAUAUUAUCAUUAGUGAAGGUGUCUGUCUCUAUUACCCAUUUUCUUCGAUAAUGAAAAGAUACCUCAUAAUCUGCACAGCUAUGAUCCACUUUAUUAUUACUGCAAUAUAGACGAACAACUCUUGCAGCAGGCAUUAUACCAAGUAAAUGAGUUCAACAUCAUAAGAGUAUAAACUGCAAGAACAACCACCCCUCAUGCUUUACCCUUUUUUUUAAAUUUUUUUUUUUUUUUAUUAUUACUGCACUGCACUGCUUGUGUCGUAGACUCGUAGUAUGUAUGGUGUUUCUCUAUUUAGGGGUGUAGCAUGCUUCAGCGCCUAGUUCACUAGCUUUUGUUAAGAUGGACAGACUCAGAAAAAAAAAAAUCCAAAGCCACAAUUGAUGCUGCACUUGUGAAGGAAAAAGCUGCAGCUAGCUAGCUAGCUAGCUAGCAGGAGUAGGACCACAUUGUAUGUAUAGCACGGUCCAUCCAACUCCCUAGACACUAAACUCAAACACCAUGCAACCCAGUUAGGGGGGGCAUCCCGCGGAUCCCUCUCCAUCUAUUUCGAAGUCGACUACUUGAUUCCUGUGUCUCACGUCAUCUAUCUACAUAUCUGACACAGCAUUCAUUCAUCAUUAAUAUGUAUUACAUCAAUAUAUAUGUUCAUAUCAGAGGAUAAUAUUAACUCAACGUCAGUGAAAUGAUUUCAAUCCCGAUCUGGUUAGUACACAUAUCCAACAACUAACUGCAUCAAUCAUGGUGUUUAUGGCCGGGGUCCUGGUGUACCACCAUCUUUACCUGAAAUAGUUAAAAUAUAGCUUACAUAGGUAAAAGGGUCUGAUAAUAGAGUUAGAACCUGUUUUUAUAAGUUCAAAUGAACUACAGGUUUGGGAAAGUACGUUCAUGAAGAUAACUGAAGUGUUAAGUUCCUUAAUUGGGAGCAUUCUAUCUCCUGAAAUUAGAAAAAGAAAAAAGAAAACUCAAUGAAAAUUAUAAGCAGAAAAGAAAAAUAAACAGAGACAGAGAGGUUUGGUCUUGAUCACUCACUCUUAAUCACCUUGGAAGUUCAAAUAUGGCAAUUUUUCUAAAAUCGUCUAGGUUUAACUAUUUGUGAAGAUGCCCUAGCGUGGAUAGUCACUGAUCUGACCUGGAACAAGUACUUGAUAGACACAAAUAGUUACUGAGAAAGGAAGGAAAAGAUGCACCCGGCCGAUUAACUAUGCUAAGCAAUACAAGUAUUAUAAACAAAGUCACUGCUAAAAUUGUAUUUUGACUAUGCAUGCCGCCUAAAACCUCCCCUUUAAAUUCUGAUCUCUACCUUCUCAUUUCCAUGCACUACCUCUCACCUCUCCUUUUCCUCCCUCUGUCAGACCAUAGGCUCAUAACACUACAUGGACUCACCUCCAUACAGCUUCCACAAACAGAACAACAUGGUCUACCUCAAACUUUGCUUGAUUUUAUUCAUGGGUUGUGUACCAGAUACAACCAACCUCUGUUCCAACCAAUUUCUGGCCACCCCAACCAUUAUUCCAUACCGCUUAGAUCCCUCUCAUAUCACUUCACCUUUUCAAACACUAAGCCUUGAUGGUUACUUGAGUUUUGACAACAACCAUCAUACAGCAAAGGACUUUGGCAACAUAUACCAUUUCCAACCAUCAGCAGUACUAUAUCCAAAAUCUGUUUCUGAUAUCUCCUGCAUAAUAAAGCUUAUAUUUGAAAUGGGUUCUGGUUCUGAGCUUACAGUUGCUGCCAGAGGACAUGGUCACUCCCUUCAAGGUCAAGCUCAAGCUCAUCGAGGCAUAGUCAUCAGCAUGGAAUCACUUAAGGGAUCUCCAAAAAUGCAGGUUCAUAUUGGAAAGCUACCUUAUGUGGAUGUUUCGGGUGGUGAGUUAUGGAUAAAUAUUCUGCAUGAGACACUCAAACAUGGGUUGGCACCAAAAUCUUGGACAGAUUACCUUCACCUCACCGUUGGCGGGACUUUGUCAAAUGCCGGAAUCAGUGGUCAGGCAUUCCGGCAUGGACCCCAGAUCAACAAUGUCUAUCAGCUGGAGGUUGUCACAGCUAUGAUUGCAGGAAAAGGAGACAUAAUUACCUGUUCCGUAAAGAAAAAUGCAGACCUUUUCUAUGCUGUUCUGGGAGGGCUGGGACAGUUUGGCAUCAUUACAAAGGCUAGAAUUUCUCUUCAAUCGGCACCAAAGAUGGUUAAGUGGAUCAGAGUGCUGUACUCAGACUUCUCAUUAUUUUCAAAGGACCAAGAGCUUCUCAUAUCAUCUGCAAAUUCAUUUGACUAUAUUGAAGGAUUUGUUAUAAUUAACAGAACAGGUCUUCUUAAUAGCUGGAGGUCUUCCUUCAAUCCUAAAGAUCCAAUUCAAGCGAGCCAAUUUAGCUCUGAUGGUAAAACACUCUACUGCCUAGAAAUGGCCAAAUACUAUAACCCAGAAGAAACUGAUGUCAUGGAUCAGAGAACUGAGAUCUUACUGUCAGGAUUACAAUAUAUCCCAUCCACCCUCUUCACGUCAGAAGUUUCCUUUGUAAACUUCCUAGAUAGAGUACAUUUGUCUGAGAGAAAACUACGAGAAAAAGGAUUAUGGGAUGUUCCCCACCCGUGGAUAAACCUUCUCAUCCCUAAAAGCAAGAUACAUGAGUUUGCUGAAGAGGUCUUUGGCAACAUUCUCACAGACAAUAUCAAUGGUCCUAUCCUCAUGUACCCAGUCAACAAAACCAAGUGGAACAACAACACAUCUUUGGUUACCCCAGAUGAAGAUGUAUUCUACCUAGUUGCAUUCUUGUCCUCUGUGGUGCCAUCUUCCGCAGGAACAGAUGGCUUUGACAAAAUUUUAACACUAAACAGAAGAAUCUUACAGUACUCUGCUACAGCUAACCUGGGUAUCAAGCAAUAUCUGCCCCAUUACAGAACCCAAGGAGAGUGGCGAGCUCAUUUUGGCUCUCGAUGGAAAGUUUUCCUACAGAGGAAGUCUUCUUAUGACCCUUUGGCAAUCCUUGCUCCUGGGCAGAGAAUCUUUAAAAAGGCGGCUCCCAUCCUAUGAGACUGAAAACUUAUAUGAGCCACACACAGUGCCUCACACAGAGAGCUGAUAGUGGCCAAUAACUGUGGAUCCAUGACAGUUAAAUCAGAAUGCUCUUGGAUUUCCAGA